GAUAGCUUCCUCAAAUCAAAAAUAUACACAAAGCCAUCACAGGUGAGUCGACAGCACAGCAGAUCACUUCACCUCCUUGAAGAAACAAUGCAAACGCUUCUGUUGCCAUCGACGGCGGUGGCAGCGGGACCCUCAUCCUCUACUUCUCACAUCCCCUCUCGUCGACCAAUCCCAGCCCGCCACGUCUCCAAUUUCACUCUCUCCCUUCCUCGUACUAGUAACUCUAAACCCCUCUCUUCCUCUAAAACCCACCGAUCCCUUAGUUUUCCUUGGCCCUCUUACGCUGCUCCCGCCCACAGAGGACCCAAGCUCUCCUUCACUGUUAGGGCUUCUCAAAUUUCCACACCCAACGAUGACACUGAGAAGGCAAAGCUCACCCAGGUGGCGAAAAGAUUAGAGAACACUUCGAGGAGUUUCAAGAGGUAUGGUACCAUGGGGUUUUGGGGACAGCUUGUAUGCACUGUUGUGGCUGCUGUGAUUCUUUCGUUUUCAGUUGUUAUUACUGGGAAGGUCUCAUCGCCCGCUACUUUUUAUGCUACUGCUGGUGGUAUUGCAGCAGCGUUCAUUUCGGUGUUUUGGUCAUUUGGGUAUAUUCGGCUUUCAGAUAAGCUUCGACGAACUGCCAAUGAUCCUUCAAAGGCUCCUCCACGUGCUGAUGUUGUGAAAAGCUUAAAAAAUGGCAUAGUAGUAAACCUACUUGGACUGGGUGCUGCCAUUCUUGGCAUGCAAGCUACAGUGGGAUUGCUGGUUGCCAAGGCUCUUACUUCCUCUGCGAAUCCUUACUACCAGGGAAUCGCUCCUGGAUACAGUCCUGUUCUCGCUUUGGAUGUAUUCUUGGUGCAGGCAUCAGCAAACACCAUCCUUUCUCAUUUCCUGGGGCUUGUUUUCUCAUUAGAGUUGUUGCGAUCAGUGACAUUACCACCUUCAGAAAGUAUUCCUGUUCCUAGGGUUGCAUAAACUCUUCCUUUGGGUAGUUGACAUAAUGUAUUUCUAAGGUGAGAUAUGUUCUUGGAGCCCUGGUUACUCAUGACUAGAAAAUUCAUUUUUCUGUGUGAGAACUUGAAGUUGUGUGCAUUCCUUUUUCCAAAAUCUUGCAGCCCAUGUUUCCUAAUGUAAUAUAAUUGAUUACAAAUACUUGUACUUGAACCCCUGAGGAAGAAGUUAAUCCUUCCAAAUGAGGGAGGUAUGAGGUUGCAUUAAGUUGCAGAGAUAAUGGCUAAAGUUGAGGGUGGAUGGCUUUAUCCUGUAUGCCUGAGAGCCUUGAUAAUGUUUGAAUGUGAGGCCUCCCUCACCCAAUAAUCUUAAUUUGCCUGUUUAUGCUUUA